AAUGCUGGCGUGUUAGCACUACAAAAUCUUCAGCAGCAGCUGAUCUUAGCACAGCUCAACGCCCAGUUUCAACAUCAGCCAAUUGACGUCGGGCCAAGUACUAGUCGUAACAUCUUCAGCGGUACUGCAGCAACGAACAAGGUGUCACCGGAGCAGCCUAGGCCAAUGGCAUUUGUUAACAAUCAAGGUCUAAUGGACAUUGCGAGCCCCGGUUUUCAGCUGGGCCAAAUGCCGAAUUUUCAACAAUCUCAUGCAAAUCCGUGUGGCAGAACUGCUCCUUUCUGCUAUGUACCAGUUUGUUAUAUCGGUGCAGAAUUUGUACUGACUGGCUUGGGUUCUUUAUUUCUCAGUAUUUCUGAGAAAGGCCAUCGGCCUUGA